AUGAGAAUGACAUUUAGAAAAUUAUGGAUAACGUAAAACUGUUGAAAUACAAGAAUCGUGUCAUGUCAUUACAGAAAUGAAACAACUAUGUGUUGGUAGUGAUUCUAGUGAAUUAACUUCGUCCAUACAGGCCACCUAAGCAUUGCGUCGUGUCGUGACUGGAGAAGCUCUGUAGCAGUGAGUUGAGGUCUGACCAGCCAGCCAGUCACCAGCCAGUCAACCAGCCAGCCAACCACCAGCCAGUCAGUUACCAUGGGGAACAUCUUUGGCAACCUGCUGAAGAGUCUGUUAGGGAAGAAGGAGAUGAGGAUCCUGAUGGUGGGGCUGGACGCUGCAGGGAAGACCACCAUCCUAUACAAACUGAAGCUGGGAGAGAUUGUCACCACUAUCCCCACUAUUGGGUUUAACGUGGAGACGGUUGAGUAUAAGAACAUCAGUUUCACGGUGUGGGACGUGGGUGGCCAGGACAAGAUCAGGCCGCUGUGGAGACACUACUUCCAGAACACACAGGGUCUGAUCUUCGUGGUGGACAGUAAUGAUCGUGAGCGGGUGAAUGAGGCUCGAGAGGAGCUGAUGCGGAUGCUGGCUGAGGAUGAGCUACGAGACGCCGUGCUUCUUAUCUUCGCUAACAAACAGGACCUGCCCAAUGCCAUGAACGCAGCAGAGAUCACCGACAAGCUGGGGCUCCACUCCCUACGUCACCGCAACUGGUACAUCCAGGCCACCUGCGCCACCAGCGGAGACGGCCUGUACGAGGGCCUCGACUGGCUGGCCAAUCAGCUGAAGAACAAGAAGUGAGUGGACCAAUCAGAGGAGAGUGAGGAGAAACCUUAGUGUCAGCUCUUGAAUCAAAAAGUGGUAGUUGGUUUUAGUUGAUCCAUUAAGUGAAAAAUCCUGACAUGGUGGGAGUGAAAUGUGAUUGGUGUGUAGGAAGGGGACUUAGAGAGAAUAUCCCUAUUGCUUGAGGAUCCAUAUCCCCAUUCCUUGAGGACAUUUUCAGCCUGUUGUCAACUAUUACGCGCUGUCCAGCUGCGGGCCAUCAAUGUCAAUACAUUAACCUUAAUAAUAACAUUUUAAAAGUAUUUAGCAACACCAUUUAUUUAUUUAUUUAUUAUUUAUUUCAGAAUGGACAAUGGCAAUGUUAGUUUGGUUUGGAACACAGUAUUAUGCAUGGCCAUACAGUAAACGAUCUCUUGGAAAUGAAAUCUGUCUAAUGUUAUAUAUUUAGCCAGUCUUCUGACACUAUUCUCUUUUUACACUAAAAUUGCUACUGCUGGUUGGAGCAAUGCAGUAGUGGUAGAUAUUAAUGAACAGUGACAUAGGUUUGUGUAAAACACAUCCAAUAUGCAAAAGCAUGCUUUUUUCUAUGUCAACUGUAUAUUUACAUGUUUUGCUUAACAAGUACAAACAUACAGUAUCAAAAGUUUUGGACACACCUACUCAUUCAAGGGUUUUUCUUUAUUUCUACUAUUUUCUACAUUGUAGAAUAAUAGUUUAGACAUCAAAACUAUGAAAGAACACAUGGCAUCAUGUAGUAAGCAAAAGAGUGUUAAACAUAUUUAUAUUCUUCAAAGUAGCCACCCUUUGCCUUGAUGACAGCUUUGCACUCUCUUGGCAUUCUAUCAACCAGCUUCAUGAGGUAGUCACCUGGAAUGCCUUUCAAUUAACAGGCGUACCUUGUUAAAAGUUCAUUUGUGGAAUUUAUUUCAUUCUUAAACCGUCCAAGAGGACGGUUGAGCUAAUGUAGGCUAAUGCGAUUAGCAUGAGGUUGUAAGUAACAAGAACAUUUCCCAGGACAUGGGAAAUACAACAUUUUGAACAGAAAUGCAAUGUUUUAUUGGAUCAGUCUAAAACUUUGCACAUACACUGCUGCAACCUAGUGGCCAAAAUCUAAAUUGCACAUUGGCUGGAAUAAUACAUUAUGCCCUCUUGCGUUUCAAAGAUGAUGGUAUUAGGAUAUUAUUUAUACUAUGUUCUACAUUGUAGAAUAAUAGUGAAGACAUCAAAACUAUGAAAUAACACUUAUGGAAUCAUGUAGUAACAAAAAAAAGUAUUUAAGAAAUCUAAAUAUAUUUUGGAUUAUAGAUUCUUCAAAGUAGCCACCCUUUGCCUUGAUGACAGCUUUGCACACUCUUGGCAUUCUUUCAACCAGCUUCACCUGGAAUGCUUUUCCAACAGUCUUGAAAGAGUUCCCACAUAUGCUGAGCACUUGUUGGCUGCUUUGCCUUCACUCUGCGGUCCAACUCAUCCCAAACCAUCUCAAUUGGGUUGAGGUCGGGUGAUUGUGGAGGCCAGGUCAUCUGAUGCAGCACUCCAUCACUCUCCUUAUUGUUCAAAUAGCCCUUACACAGCCUGGAGGUGUGUUUUAAGUAAUUGUCCUGUUGAAAAAUAAAUGAUAGUCCCACUAAGCGCAAACCAGAUAGGAUGGCAUAUCGCUGCAGAAUGCUGUGGUAGCCAUGCUGGUAAAGUGUGCCUUGAUUUCUAAAUAAUUGACUGACAGUGUCACCAGCAAAGCACCCCCACACCAUCACACCUCCUCCUCCAUGCUUCACGGUGGGAACCACACAUGUAGAGAUCAUCCGUUCACCUACUCUGCGUCUCACAAAGACAUGGCGGUUUGAACCAAAAAUCUCAAAUUUGGACUCAUCAGACCAAAGAACAUAUUUCCACCAGUCUAAUGUCCAUUGCUCAAUGUUUCUUGGCCCAAGCAAGUCUCUUUUUCUUAUUGGUGUCCUUUAGUAGUGGUUUAUUUGCAGCAAUUCAACCAUGAAGGCCUGAUUCACACAGUCUCCUCUGAACAGUUGGUGUUGAGAUGUGUCUGUUACUUGAACUCUGUGGAGCAUUUAUUUGGGCUGCAAUCUGAGGCUGGUAACUCUAAUGAACGUAUCCUCUGCAGCAGAGAUAACUCUAGGUCUCCUUUCCUGUAACGGUCCUCAUGAGAGAGCCAGUUUCAUUGACUGACCUUCAUGUCUUAAAGUAAUGGUGGACUGUAGUUUCUCUUUGCUUAUUUGAACUGUUCUUGCCAUAAUAUGGACUUGGUAUUUUUUUUAUUACCUUUAUUUAACUAGGCAAGUCAGUUAAGAACAAAUUCUUAUUUUCAAUGACGGCCUAGGAACAGUGGGUUAACAGGGGCAGAUUUGUACCUUGUCAGCUCGGUGAUUUGGACUUGCAACCUUCCGGUUACUAGUUCAACGCUCUAACCACUGCCGCCCCGGUUAUAUUCUGUAUACCACCCCUACCUUGUCUCAACACAACUGAUUGGCUCAAACGCAUUAAGAAUGAAAUAAAUUCCACAAAUGAACUUUUAACAAGGUACGCCUGUUAAUUGAAAUGCAUUCCAGGUGACUACCUCAUGUAGCUGGUUGAGAGAAUGCAAAGAGUGUGCAAAGCUGUCAUCAAGGCAAAGGCUGGCUACUUUGAAGAAUCUCAAAUAUAAAAUAUAUUUUGAUUUGUUUAACACUUUUUUGGUUACUACAUGUAACCAUAGUUUGUUAAUGUCUUCACUCAUGUUCUACAAUGUAGAAAAUAGUAAAAAAUAAAGAAAAAACGUUGAAUGAGUUGGUGUGUCCAAGCCUUUGACUGGUACUGUACACCUGUAAGAAUAUAUGUGACAUUUACCUGAAAGUAAUCAUUGUGGUUGAUAUGUUCAAUUGUAGAUAUCAGCAUUCGUUUAUGGACUGAUUUGUAUAGAUGUAUGAAUAUAACAUUACAGCUUGUGUAUUACAUUUCCUACAUUGAGUUUGGUUUGGUGCGACAAUUGUUUUUGUGGCCUUAUACAGUAUCACUUGUGUUGAAACCCCUUGCACCCUGAUGAUGGUUUGUGUGUGGGACCACAGGUGUUGCUAAAUAUAUCACUUCAUUUCCAUCCUUUAACUCAGUUGAGUCUGUGCGAGAUUAUUUAUUUAUUUUUGAUGUUAUAUUACUGUAACAAUGCAAUUACUUAACAUUCCAAUUAAUAAUGUGUGUUAAAAAGCAUUGCAACAAGGUUCAGUUAUUAAUGUUAAUGCUCAAAAAUGGAUUCACGAUUGGAGUACAUAUGUAUUGGUGAGUAUGUGUCCAGUGAUACUAGAUCAAUACAAAUGGCAACAUUCAACUUGUGUUUCUUGGAAACAUUUCGAUUCCUUGUCUUCAAAUUGAGUUAGGACUUUUUUUGAGUUUUGGGGUGUUCAGAGGUCCCUAUUCACCCCAGCCCUCUCAUACCACUAGCCCAUGUCCGGUCCCUGCAACAGCCCUGUUUUUCGAGCCCACUCCCCCCCAGCUCCAGCACUGGCCCCCUAACCAAGCCCCCGUCCCAAUCUGCCCCCCACAACCUUUCCCCUCCAUCUCCAGUGCUGUGUCUCCAGGGGUGUGACAGCAGUAUGUGGGUCAGAGAGAGCUGCUCCCUGGGCUCCUGGCCCUCUGGGCCCCCUGCAGGCCAGCCACAAUAGCGGCCCCAGGGCGGGUGCCAUAGCUGGGAUUUUCUUCCGUAACCGGGACACCCCUCGCCCAGGGCACAGACACACUGGCAGCAGCCCCACAAUCAAUUCAUCAAUCUGCUGAAGGGAAUGGCGACCAGCCUGGAUGUGAAGGCCAUGCAGAGGACUGGGGACUGGAGCAUCAACCUGCCUCCACACACAGCCUUGCCCCGGACUGACAGACAGUCAGAAAGGCGGACACGCUAGGGCCACAAGGGAUAAUGAUGAUUCUCUGGUGAAGAAUCUGACGAGGUCUGGCAACAGAAGCUUGGGCAAUCAUGGAGCCAUCAUAGUAGUCUUGUCAUGGAGCCAUCAUAGUAGUCUGUCAUGGAGCCAUCAUAGUAGUCUGUCAUGGAGCCAUCAUAGUAGUUUGUCAUGGAACCAUCAUAGUAGUCUGUCAUGGAGCCAUCAUAGUAGUCUGUCAUGGAGCCAUCAUUGUAGUCUGUCAUGGAGCCAUCCCACUCAUAGUAGUCUGUCAUGGAGCCAUCAUAGUGGUCUGUCAUGGAGCCAUCAUAGUAGUCUGUCAUGGAGCCAUCAUUGUAGUCUGUCAUGGAACCAUCAUAGUAGUCUGUCAUGGAACCAUCAUAGUGGUCUGUCAUGGAGCCAUCAUAGUAGUCUGUCAUGGAGCCAUCAUAGUAGUAUGUCAUGGAACCAUCAUAGUAGUCUGUCAUGGAGCCAUCAUAGUGGUCUGUCAUGGAGCCAUCAUAGUAGUCUGUCAUGGAGCCAUCAUUGUAGUCUGUCAUGGAGCCAUCAUAGUAGUCUGUCAUGGAGCCAUCAUAAUAGUCUGUCAUGGAGCCAUCAUAGUAGUCUGUCAUGGAGCCAUCAUAGUAGUCUGUCAUGGAGCCAUCAUAGUAGUCUGUCAUGGAGCCAUCAUAAUAGUCUGUCAUGGAGCCAUCAUAGUAGUCUGUCAUGGAGCCAUCAUUGUAGUCUGUCAUGGAGCCAUCAUAGUAGUCUGUCAUGGAGCAUCAUAGUGGUCUGUCAUGGAGCCAUCCCACUCAUAGUAGUCUGUCAUGGAGCCAUCAUUGUAGUCUGUCAUGGAGCCAUCAUAGUAGUCUGUCAUGGAGCCAUCAUAGUGGUCUGUCAUGGAGCCAUCCCACUCAUAGUAGUCUGUCAUGGAGCCAUCAUUGUAGUCUGUCAUGGAGCCAUCAUAGUAGUCUGUCAUGGAGCCAUCAUAGUAGUCUGUCAUGGAGCCAUCAUUGUAGUCUGUCAUGGAGCCAUCAUUGUAGUCUGUCAUGGAGCCAUCAUUGUAGUCUGUCAUGGAGCCAUCCCACUCAUAGUAGUCUGUCUAAAAUAAUAGUCUGUAGUCUGUAGAUAGAACCUCAGAUGACAGAUUCAGGACUGGCUGACACCUUUUUACUUUUUUUUACAGUAACAGAAGGCUGUUCUUUCCAUUUCCCUUACAUCUCUAUCUGCUAUUAAACAUUCAAAGUUAAGAGUUGACCCUUGGAGUUGAAAAGUCAGGAAAAUUCUGUAAUAAACUCAGUGAUAAAAACUCUGAA